AUGUGGUUGUCUACGACUGAUGCUGUCAAUGCACAUCGUAUAAAAAUUGAUCAUCGAGGACGUAUCACAUUUCAAGAUUGUGGGACAUAUUUGAUUGUUGCAAAUGCAAACUUUGAUGGAGGUGCAGGUGAUUUUCAUUUAUUUUAUCGAUUGAAUAGUGUUGAUGUUCCCGAUUCAAAUGUCAUUCAAACAAUUUCCAGUGAAAAUGAGGUAUCAACAUUAGUCAACAAUUUAGCAAUCAAAAUUCAAAGGGGAGACUACCUUGAAAUUGUUUAUAGCACAACAAAUUCAGAGUUAGGUCUGAUUACACUUGUUGUUGAUACAACAACACCAGCACCUCCAACGACACCGAGUAUUAUCGUUAGAGGGCUCGGCGACAAUAACCACUAUGAAGAGAAAAAUUACAACAAGCAGUAUUAA